AUGUCUCCUGAUGAGACUUUUUGUUUGUUGCCAAAUACUCCUUUUAAUGCUGUUCCAUUUAUUGGAAAUGUUUUAACAAUUGGAGGAAAGCAAACAUUUUCCUAUGUUGAGGUUUCCUUCCUCAAUACUGAUGAAACUGAAAGAGGAAUGACCCAACUUACAUUGAUGAGUAAGGAUAGAACCAAUCUAUUGGUUUAUGCAUCAUCAGUGACAGGAUCUCCUAGCCCUGUAAAUUAUGAGUAUUCUGGUUUUGGGCAGAAUGUCACUUUAGCUAUUAAGGGAAAGGCAGAUACCACUUCUCUAAUUUACUUGAACAUUACUAUUGUUGAUAAUCCAGAAAAACUACCAUUCACACUAACUUCCACAUUUUACAAUAUGAAAAUCGAUCAAAUCAAGAAGGUUGACGAUGGAGACAAUUUCAUUACUUUGGAUACCAACUUUGAAGGAGAGAUAUUCAGUUCACCAUCUCACUACAGGGCUACAUGUUCUAUCAUGUGUUUUACAGUUCUAACCAAUUGA